AUGUCCGUCGAAGCUUAUGCCCAGGAGUUGAAGGCCGCUCUGCACCAGUACCCAAAUUUCCCGGAGAAGGGAGUGCUUUUUGAGGACUUUUUGCCCAUCUUUAGAUGUCCAAUACUGUUCCAAAAGUUGAUUGAUGCAUUCAAGAUGCACCUGGAGGAGAAGUUUCCCAGCGGCCAAAUCGAUUACAUUGUCGGGUUGGAGUCCAGAGGCUUCCUUUUCGGACCGUCGCUGGCACUUGCACUUGGUGUCGGGUUCGCCCCUGUGAGGAAGGCCGGCAAGCUGCCUGGUGAGUUGGUGCAAGCUGUUUACCAGAAGGAGUACGGGACCGAUGUGUUUGAGAUGCAACGGGAGGCGAUUCCUGCCAACUCAAACGUGGUCAUUGUGGAUGAUAUCAUCGCGACUGGUGGCUCUGCGUUAGCGGCGGGGGAGUUGGUCAAACAGGUGGGUGCCAAUGUGCUCGAAUACUGCUUCGUCAUGGAAUUGGACUUUUUGAAGGGUAGAGAGAAGUUAUCUAGCCCAAUUUUCACGUUGCUGAAUGCCCAGCAGGAAUCUCUGAAAAAGUGA